AUGACAGUGGCCAUGCUGUACCACUCACUCCCUGGGGCUCGGCUUGGCCGGGGCCACCACGGUGCCACAGGGAGUCCCAAAAGGCCCCGGAGGAGGGGGAGGUCGGGCAGGGCCACCCUGUCCCCGCAUGGCGGCCGUGCCUGCCCUGUCCCUUGCCCCCCAGGCAGCCCAGCCCCGCGGCUGCCCAUGGCCCUGCGCAUCUGCACCCUCGUCUGCAGGUCCUGGGGGGACCGGCCCCAGCUCUGCCAGGUGGCCUGCGCCGUGGGACGCGCAGAGAGCCCGGUGCGUCACGGCGCGGCGCUGCCCCAGGGCCUGGACUCCAGCCUGCAGCAGUGGGGGGUGGUGGCCCCCAGCCAGCGACAGGCGCUGGCCACACGGCUGCGGGAGGCCACCGAGGCCGCCGCGGCCGCCCUCCUGGCCAGCGAGGCCGAGCUGAGCCCGCGGCAGCGCGGCGGCAGCCGUGCCCACACCGACAUCCUGGGCGUGGACUUCCUGCUGGCGUGCGUGGAUGACGCGCUGGAGCUGGUGGCCCUGGCCACGAACGGCCAGCGGUGCCUGGAGACCUGCGUGCUGGCCGAGGCCAUGGGGCGCGGCGUGGGCGAGCCCCGCGGGGAGCUGCCGCGGCUGCUGGCCGAGGCCAUGCUGCACCGGGCGCAGCGUCACCUGGUCGAGGGCAAGGACAUCCUGCUCAUCGGGGCCGGGGGAGUCAGCAAGAGCUUCGUGUGGGAGGCGGCCCGCGACUACGGGCUGAGGAUCCACCUGGUGGAGUCGGACCCGGAGCACUUCGCGGCGGGGCUGGUGCAGACCUUCCUGCCCUACGACAGCCGGGAGCACCGGCGGGACGAGGAGCACGCGGAGCGGGUGCUGGAGCUGCUGCGCUCCCGGGGGCUGCGGCCCCACGCCUGCCUCUCCUACUGGGACGACUGCGUGGUGCUGGCGGCCCUGGUGUGCCAGGGGCUGGGGCUCCGCGGCCCCGCGCCCGCCGCCGUGCGGGUGGCCAAGCAGAAGAGCCGCACGCACCGGCACCUGCAGCGCUGCCGCCGCGGCCGCCCGCCGCCCGCCGCCUUCGCCGUGCCCUGCCGCCGCCUGCGGAGCCACGGCGACGUGGAGCGGGCGGCGGGCGCCGUGCCCUUCCCCGCCGUGGCCAAGCUGGAGUUCGGCGCGGGCGGCGUGGGCGUGCGGCUGGUGGAGAACGCCGGGCAGUGCCACGCUCACGCCGCCCGGCUCUGGAGGGACCUGCGCGACGACGCCGACCACCCGGGCAUCGGGCUGGGCUGGGGCAACGCCAUGCUGCUCAUGGAGUACGUGCCGGGCACCGAGCACGACGUGGACCUGGUGGUCUUCGAGGGGCGGCUGCUGGGCGCGUGGGUGUCGGACAACGGCCCCACGCGUGUCCCCGCCUUCCUGGAGACGGCGGCCUGCCUGCCCUCCUGCCUGCCCGCCGACCGGCAGGCGCAGCUGGUGCGGGCGGCGCUGCAAUGCUGCCGGGCGUGCGGGCUGCGCGACGGCGUCUUCAACGUGGAGCUCAAGCUGGGCCCGGCGGGGCCGCGCCUGCUGGAGAUCAACCCCCGCAUGGGGGGCUUCUACCUGCGCGACUGGAUCCGCGAGGUCUACGGCCCCGACCUGCUGCUGGCCGCCGUGCUGGUGGCGCUGGGCGUGCCGCCCGUGCUGCCCGCCCGGCCCGCGCCCCGCACGCACCUGGCCGGGGUGAUGUGCCUGGCGUCCGAGCACGGCGAGAGCCUGGCGGGCGGCGGCGGCAUGCAGGCUCUGCGGGAGCUGCACGGCCGCGGGCUCGUCCGCCUCAACCGGCUCUUCGAGGAGCCCGAGGGCGCCGGCGAGUACGAGGAGCCGCUGCUGAGCGUGGCGUGCGCCGGGGCCACGCUGGCCGAGGCCUGCGAGCGCCUGCUGGGGCUCUGCCAGGGGCUGGGCAUCGACUCCCCGCGAUAUCCAGUGGAGCAUUUCUUGUCCCACUUCAAAUAGCGCCGGGCAGGCAGCGGGGAGAGCGGGGGAAUGGGUGCCCCGGCACACCCCGGCGCCCGCC